GUGAAAGAAAGUAGCCAGCGAGUUCGUCUCGAGGAAGAAAUGCUCUCAGCAAUGAGUGACAGUGUUGUAGAAGUGGCAUUACUAAGAGCAGAAUACGAGCGGAAACAAGAAAUAGUUCAUGCCAAACUGAAAGAGACUCAUAAGAAAGAUUUGGAAAAAGGUAAAAUAAAAAAAGAACCAGAGAGAUUUGUAUUGUUAUCGCCAAAAUAUGUUUAUUAUUUAAGGGCCUGUUUACAUGGAGGUAGGUAAUUAAAUCAAUUUAAUUUAAUUUAAUUUAUUAGCUUUGCCUUGUAAAUAAAUAAAUAUAAUACAAUUAAUGGCAGGGAGUCCGUAACCGAGCCUUGGCCAAUUACUGCGGCCCCGUGGGUUACCCUUACUAGGGUAACCCGAUCAGGUUACCCUAGUGAGCUGGUUAGUGAUUACCCUAGGCUUACUGGUUACCCUAGUAAGCUGGUUACCCUAUAGUAAGCUGGUUACCCUAGUAAGCUGGUUAUCCUAGUGGUUAUCCUAGUAAGCUGGUUAUCCUAGUAAGCUGGUUAUCCUAGUAAGCUGGUUAUCCUAGUAAGCUGGUUAUCCUAGUAAGGUGAUUACCCUAGUAAGCUGGUUAUCAUAGUAAGCUGGUUAUCAUAGUAAGCUGGUUAUUCUAGUAAGCUGGUUAUCAUAGUAAGCUGGUUAUCCUAGUAAGCUGGUUACCCUAGUAAGCUGGUUACCCUAGUAAGCUGGUUACCCUAGUAAGCUGGUUACCCUAGUCUACUGUGUUUUUUGCGCGUUGCUUUUAAUUGCACGCUAGGGUUACCCUAGGAGUAGGGCCAAUGUACGGAAAUUCAUUUCUGUCUGUAGUCUUCCCUAGUGACAGUAACACACAAAUUAAUAGCCCACAGCAUUGAAAUGCAGCAAGCAACAGCUGGCUUAACGACCACGCAUAGGUAGGGUUACCAACAUAGUCCUAGUGGUAGGUUAACCCUACCUCAUGUUAAACACUCGCUAUUUUUUUACCCUCUUGGUGGGGUAACCCUUCUGAACAACAGAACAACUUCUGCCUAACUGAGCCUUAUAAACAGACCCUAACGUUAUCUAUUUCAUGCUCUAAUGUCUAGUACGGAAACAACACAUGAAGUCGAUGGAGGACGUGAAACAUAGUUGUGACUUGAAGGUAAGUGGAAAUUUCACCAAAUUGCACUUCGAACUUCCAAACUGGAAAUGAUUUCAAUCCUUUACUUUUAAUUUGCGCCAUUUUGACGUGUUACUAUGUUACUUUGUUGCUUAAUUCUCUCUUUUCUAUUGCGCUUGGUAAUGUUUAGUUAAAACGGAUUGAAGAAACAUAUGUGGAAGAUAUUGCUCAAAUUAAUGAAAAACACAAAGAUGUUAUCGCUGAAUUGGAAUCCCAACAUUCAAAACACGUUGAUGGUAGGUCCAUUCAAUAUUGAUGGUGAAAAUUAUUAUUACUAGGAGUAGUAACCGCAGGUCAAAAGUGCGACCUGAGGACAUUACUCACACACAACACCUAGCUGACGACAAAAAAACCUGUCACCUGCAAGCAUAUAUGUUUCGCGCGAAAACAGACGAUGUCUAAUGUAACGGGUUCAUCCUCAGAUGCCAGAGACGAGGGUUUUGAUUUAUUUAUACAGUUUGAAGCACGUUUAUUUGAAAUAGGGAUGCUCUGACGAUUACUUCGUGCUUUUUUGUGAUUUUAAGAUCUCGUGGAAGAACGUCAUGCUGAAAUUGAAACGAUCAAAGCUGAUUACGAUGAACAAUUUGAAGAAAUCCAGGUAGGAGGAACAAAUAAAACGAUUUCUAGAAUUUCAUUCUGUUUUGAUUUUACUUCAAAGCUCGUAUUGAGUAGUCAAAGUUGUUGACAAGUCAUAUUUUGCAAGUCCAAGUCAAGUCGCACGUCAUUCACUCUGAGACAACUCACAAGUCAUUCUGUCUGUGACUUAGUCAACUCACAAGAAGUCACAAGUCAUUCUGUACAGUUCUUUUUACUAAACUUCGAAGUAAAACUGAGAGAAUGAGGUCAUUUGAAACGUUCAUAUAAAACGUGGAAAGCAAUAGUUUUAAACCAUGGCUGCCUCACAAGGGCGUAGUUGGUAAUUGAACCAUAGUAAAGUGUGAAAUCAAUGUAUAGUAAUUUUUGUAGAUUCCCAAAUUAACAUCAUUUGCUGGCUCUAAUCUGCUAGUAUGUCAACUCCAUCGCAUGAUGUCAGCAUAUGUUUCGGUGUCUUUGACUAUAUAGAGCUCUUGACGAAUUUUUUCAACCUACGCAUCAAAUUGAUAUUCAAACACGGGUUCAAAUAAUAUUCUAUUUCAGGAAAGUUUGUCAAAAUCGGAAAGGACUUGUAAUGAACUGGUCGAGAAAUUAAGAAUUACCGAGGAGGAGGCAAAACGGGACAUUGAACUAAGAAUCCAAGUAAGUGACCAAGUCUCAAUGGUCAUUACUGCACUCUAAAAAUACACGGGUUUAAAAUUUCCUGGUUAAUUUAACCACAGUCCUGGCUAAGUUGAUGAUCACUAAUUUAACCAGGAUUCCUGGGUAUAAUUUAACCAGGCCAUACAUGGCUGAAUUAACCAGAUUACGUCGGUGAAAUGUUAACCAAGAAUUCGUGGUUAAUAAUUCAACCAUAUUGCCUGGUUAAAUUCCAACCUCGUACCCAGGGUCUUUCCUCUUUGGGAGCUUUUAUGGAUCCUCGACCGUCGAUGUUUCGCCGGUCUUGGGUCCACAAAACAUACUGUUUCCCUCGCUCCCAGUAAAUAAGUGUUAAUUGAAGACUACUUUCCAGUCGCGCGUUUUUCAUACAUGCGUAUACGCACGGAAAAGUUGCAACAUUUUUAAAUGUUACUUAUGAAAUAACUGAUUGAAUAAAAGCAUAUAGUUUGGUGAAUGAUUUAAUGUGCAUUUAUACAAGUAAUUCAUACUAGUGUUAAAUUGAAAAAAACUUUUCCGUGUGUAUAAAAACGCGUGACUGGAACGCAGUCUUGGAACGCAGCCUUGGAACACACCAAGUGAAACACAACCUGACAAAUAUUUCAUCCAGGGCUGGGUUGGUUCUAUCCAUCCCAGUUGACCGAACUGAAAAUCGCCAGUGUUUAAGUAAAUGAUUUAAGUGGCUUUCUGUCUAUCCUAUUUUUAAAUGCAACCACAAUUUCGCAGAAGUCGAUAAUCUCCAUUUGGAGACUUGAUCGUUUGAGCCUGGACUGAGAUUUUAUCCCGGUUUGAACUGAAAUUUUAACUCAGCCCGCGCUGAAACUUGCCAUGUGAUCGCGAAACAAUUUCAGCACGUUUAACCAGGAUCAACUCCUAAUUCUCUGUGCUUCAAUACCAAAAACGAUUUUAGGAAAUCCAGUCUGUCAACUCACAGGGAGUGAGGUUAUAGAUGGCUUUUGUUUGCAAGGUGAAGUAUCUUCAAAAUUUAUUUGAAUUUCAGGAUGCGAUUGCGAAAUACAAGAGUCUUCCAGAUGAACUGGAAAGUAUGAAGUUUGUUUUAGAAAUGAAAAAUACCGAAGUAAAGAAAUUACGCAGAAGUAAUGCUGAGCUUCACCAUAAGGUAUUUCUGUUUAGAAUGCUGGUAUUGAAUUCACUGAAUGUAUUGCGUUUGGCGAUAUUUGGCUAUUACCAGAAAAAACUUUCAAUCUGUGUAACUUGGGCGUUAUCGAUGUCGUUUUCGAAUUAAAUUACUUUAAAGCCAAAAUAUCCGCCAUCUGGAAAUAUGUUUUUCAACAAGUAAUAAUUGUCCAAAAAUCUAAAUUGUGAAUUCCAUUUUUUAAAAAGCUGUAUUGACCACCUUAAAUUAUAUAUGAAUGAAGUUUGCAUGAAUGAAAUAUAUUUGGACUGUUUUUGUGAUUAACUAUUCGGCCACCUAGUUGUAUUGAAUACACCCUUCUGAAAAAGUGCUCAGUCUUUGCUAUAGAGCCUCGAUUGAUAUCUUGGCUUUGGAGCCCCUUCAGAUUAUCUAUUGUAACUGCAUGAUUUUGUAAAUAUGUCAACAAGAUAAAAAGUUCUAAACCCAAUAUCUCAAUCACGAAAACGAGGCUGUAUGACCAAGACUGAACGCUUUCCGGAAGGGUGUAUCAAGCAGGCAGGUUCAAUUUGAUAUUAUUUUUUGUUUACCAGAUUGACGAUCUCCAGCAAAUCAAGCAACGAGCUGCUUUAUUAGAACGUGAGAAAGAAUCCCUGAAUUUCGUUGUUGAAAAUAAAGUUCAUUUUGAAAGGUAGUGAAGUUUGUAUGCAUGCCUUGAAGUAGUCUUCGUUCAUGCAGUGAGCUCUAUAUAUGCCUAUAGCAAGAACUUGAGUCAUUCGGCCAAUGAGACAAGUGAAGCCAAGAUGGCGCAAAUUGACGUCCAAUUGCUCUGAAUGUCGUAAACUGUUUUUAUACCAUUUUCCCAGCUAAUUCCAGUUUUUUAAACAAGUUAUCAGUUCAUGAAACCAUAGUGUUAUUCUCUAAAUCGAUAUCAAAAUACGAAAUUUCUGCACACUCCAUGUCUAGGCCCUCUGGUAGGAAUCGAACAUGCUGGCUCUGCAAUUCUGGUACAUGCGCUAGGACCAAUUGAGUUACAGAGUCCACUUGUCGAGCUCUAACCACAAGCAAAAUCCUGAUAUUUACCCUUGCGGUUAAUCUUCAGCAAGUGGACUAUGUAGUGAAACCCUGACAGGUUAGCGAGCUGCAGGUUAGCGAGCUGCACCAGAAUCGGCAGGUUCGAUUCGAAUAAAUUGUAGUCAUCAUGUGAAUGAUUAGUGAUGAUGGCUACAUUAAUCUUUUGGAUUUUAAUAAUCUUCCUUUUUCAGACAACUUUCUUUGGAACGAGAUAAACUGCGUUUAAGUUUGGAUCGUGAAGUUGCAACGUCCAAGAGACUUUCCUUAGAAAAAGAAGAGCUAGCAUGGCGUUUAAAUUCAUUCCACAAUUCACCAACGUCACCGACCGUGAGUACAGAUCGUUUUAACUGGAGAUUGUCUGGGUUUAACAGUCCUGAUAGUGCGGUGUACUCACAGAAGAUUGAAGAGUCUGAUUUUGAAUAUCAAAUGAAUGAUACCAAGGUUAGUCAUUCUUAGCAUCACGAUAAAGAAAUGAGCCGACUCACAGUCGAGUGCAACCUGAUCAUUGCAUGGUCAAUUAUAUAUUUAUAUAUAUGGGGCUGGUUGUAUAAAAAGGUAGUUAAGGUGGCUCCCUACACUUUUUUAAAUUAAAUAUUUUCUGAUUUGGAUAUGAUUUUCUGAACAAUUAUUAUUUGUUUAAAAACAAUAGACUAGGAUAACCCUUCUGCUGGGGCCACCCAACUUCCGUGUAAACAGUCCAUUGCACAUUUAUUAAUGAAACUUUCCUUUCUAAAACAAUAGGAAAUAGAGAGUUGAUGAUUAUCAAACCUUGGACAUUUUUGAGGAGCUUUGUGUUUUUACCCAAGUUAAGUUAAAGUUCAUUUAAAAUUUGUCAACUAAACUACUUUCAAGUUUAAACCUUAAUAUUCAAAACACCUCAACAGAGGCAAUCUUUGUGCAAGGUCAAUGUUCACUUACUAACGACCUGAAAAAUAUUUGAG